AUGAAAAAUUCUCAGUGUACUCUUGGUGGAAAUUAUGAUAUUGAGGAUACAGAUACAAAAUCCGUUGAUGAUGAAAGUUUUAAAAAAAUAAAAGAAGUUGAUUUACAUGAAAAUGCUAAAAAUGUUGAAGAUAAAAUAAUUAAAAAGGAAGAUAAUGGUUUUAUAUCUGGGUUUACUGGAUCUUUUCUUAUAAUUAUUGUUUCUGAGAUUGGUGAUAAGACAUGGUUUAUUGCUGCUAUUAUGUCAAUGAGAUACCCACGUUUAAUAGUAUUUUCAGGUGCUAUUUCAGCAUUAGCAGUAAUGACUGUUUUAUCAGUUUUUGUUGGUUGGUUAAUGCAAGUUGUUCCAGGUAUAAUUGUUUUUUGGAUUUCUACGGGAUUAUUUGCUGUAUUUGGAGUUCAAAUGUUAUAUGAAGGUUUAAAAAUGUCAUCUAAUGAGGGUGCCGAGGAGUUGGAGGAAGCUCAAGCUGAGGUACAAAAAAGUGAAGUUGAUAUACAAACAUCAAGUAUGGUAAAACCAUCUCUAGAACAAGGUGGUGCAACAUCAUCAAAUGAUGGAAAAGUAAAUUCUAUUAAAAAUUCUUUUUCAUAUUCAACAAUAAUUUUUAUGAAAUCUUUUUCAUUAACAUUUUUAGCAGAAUGGGGUGAUAGAAGUCAGAUAGCUACAAUUGCUCUUGGAGCAGUAAAAGAUGUAUUUGGGGUAAUUCUUGGUGGUGUAAUAGGUCACUCAAUAUGUACAGGUAUUGCUGUUAUUGGAGGCAGAGUUAUUGCACAAAAGAUCUCCGUUAGAACAGUUACAAUAAUUGGUGGAUUUACUUUUAUAUUUUUCGCACUUGCAAAUAUUGUGGUUAAAUUUUUUAUUGAAUAA